AUGGGUAGAGAUACAAGGACUACAAGUAUUAAGAAUAAAGAUACCAAAAAUGAAAAGUAGGAGGUAUCUCAUACAAAGUCUAAGUAAAAAAUUAACAAGAAGAAAGCAAACUAGAAUAAAAGCAAAUCAUAAAAGAAUAAAAAUGGAGCAAAUUGCUAGGAAUCGGAGGUCAGAUAAAUGAGGAUUCGUGCUGGCUUAGUUUUAGAUAAGAAAGAGGUUCACACUAUAUGUUUAAAUAAUAAUGGAUCUAACUCAUCUUCAUCAGAAAUAAACUAAAAUGGCAUAUAGAUGGACGAAGAAGUACUUCAAAGUGACAGUACCGUAUCUAAUAACCACACUAAUGGAAAUACAGCUUUAUCCAAGAAUAAGGUUGAAGAUAAAAGGGGCAAUUCAAAAAGAAAUAACAAAAAGAUAGCAACUUAAAAUUAUGAAGAUUAACACGAUUAGUGCGGUUAGCAGAAUCAGUGUUAGAGCAAUAUCUUGAAUCCAGAAGUAGUUGGUGUUUAGCGAUUACAUUCUAAUGGAAAUAGCAAAAAUGAUUCAUCUCUUUUUUAUGAUUAAGAUAAAUAGAAUUUUAAUUGCAAUAAAGAUGUCUCUAAAUCAAAUACUAAUGGACAAAGAAGUCUCCCAAUAGCUAAAGGAAUAAAGCAAUCAGACUAUAGCUAAUUCAUUAAUUUGCCAAAUAACUUCAAUUCUAAUGGGAAUGAUACUAAUAAUAUUUAAAAUAUGACAACUUUUAAUAGCGGAUUUUUAGGAAAAGAAGAUUAAUUCAAAGAUUUUAGUAUAAUUGUUGGAUCAUUCCAAAAGCAACACUCUAUUUUUUAUGGAAGUACCUUUAUCUAAGAAGCAAAAAUGAGAGGUUUCAAUUUAGAAAUCGUAUAUGAUGAUAAAGAAUUUAUAAGCAAAGUUAAUAGCUUUGAUAUAGCUUGGAUUGUAGAUAAUUCAGAAUUAAACAAAAAAUAUGAGCAACAAUACAUAGAAUCAAUUGGUACUUUCUUUAAAUCCAAAAAGAGUUUAUAUAUUCAUGCUGGAACUAAUUAGUGCUACUCUAGGACUAACAUUAUCUUAUAGAACUUUUUCAAUAACAUGUCUCUCUAAGGCAAAAUUAAACCCAAACAAAAAAUCGUUAACCCAGAUUUAAAUUCAUAAAAUACACUCCCUUACUCAUUUAAUCGCUCUCUUAGUUUAGCCCAUGGUAUAUCUACCCUUAAAUUGACCAACGACUAAGCAAUAGUUUAGCAGAAGCAUGAUGAUUUUUCCAAUUUCAUAGUAAUUUAAAACUGUCAGCCAAUAGUGCUAAUUUCUGAAGAAAAUGAUUAGCAUGGUAGAAUUAUCCUUGAUUGUGGUUUCUUGAGCUAUGAUAUUAAAACUUGGAGCUCUGAUCAUUUCCAUCAUUACCUAUCUAACUCUACCGUAUGGCUUACUGGUAUACCAAACUGA